GACAUAUCCACACGUUAAAGAAAAUACUACUAUUUUAUUUUAAAAGAUUUUGAAAGACACGAUUUUAAGGCUCAUGAAACAGAGACCGGUGCAUUACAUGUGUAGUACAUGUGUGCGUAAAUUUCAAUCUUAAGUGUUCUCCUCAAAGUGUUCCAUUCUAAACAAAAUCUGUAUGAAUUAUUGAGUUGCAAAUCAAAAAUACUGUACAUUGAUGAAGUCAACUUCAUUGUUGUUUGCAAAGUGAAAAUUAAUUUGUGUAAAAGCCAUAUUUCAAAUUUCCUAAUUCUACAAUAAUUUUUAAUCGGCCAAGUGUGAAGUAAAAACAUUUUUGUCGCUACCAUGGAAAAUUGUGAUAAUCUGUAUCAUGAAAAUUUACCGAAUAUUUGUCAAAUUGUGAAAAAUCGUAGCAAAAAAUGCUGUGAGCCCGCCACAUGCAAGCAAUUCUUACCGAUUAUCAGUUGGUUGCCUAAGUACAAUGUGCAAUUUUUACUAGCCGAUUUUGUGGCGGGCCUAACUGUUGGUCUCACCGCAAUACCUCAAGCAAUAGCCUAUGCUUCCAUAGCUGGCCUACCAACACAAUUUGGACUGUAUUCGGCAUUUAUGGGAUGUUUUGUGUACAUAGUGUUUGGUACAUGCAAGGACAUAACCGUGGGUCCUACCGCUAUUAUGGCCUUGAUGGUACAGGCUCAUGUCACAGGCAGUUCGGAUUAUGCCGUCUUAACAUGUUUUCUUUCCGGUUGUGUUAUUUUUUUAUUAGGUAUUUUUAAUUUGGGAGUUUUGGUGAGAUUUAUUUCAAUACCAGUGACAACGGGCUUCACAACUGCCGCAGCCAUUACAAUAGCUAGUGGACAAGUCAAUAAUUUGUUUGGCAUAAAAAGUUCUUCAAAUGAGUUUAUUGAAUCCUGGGUUAAUUUCUUUGGUCAUAUAACUGAAACCCGAAGGAAUGAUGCUAUUCUUGGCAUAGCGACUCUAGUCCUAUUACUUUUAAUGAUGAAAAUCAAAGAUCUACCUUUGUCGUGUAAAAUGCUCACCAAAUACAUAUCACUGUCUCGAAAUGCCUUGGCAGUUAUUGUGGGCAUUGUACUAUGCUACUGUCUUUCCCAUGAUGGUUGGUUGCCUUUUAGAGCCAGUGGCGAAAUAACUAAAGGUAUACCACCAUUUAAACCACCUCCGUUUAGUACAACAGUGAAUGGUACUAAAGUAACAUUUGGCGAAAUGGUUACAGAUUUAGGAGCAUCUUUGGCCUCAAUACCUUUAAUUUCAAUAUUAGAAAGUAUAGCGAUAGCCAAAGCUUUUUCUAAGGGAAAAAUUGUUGAUGCCUCCCAGGAAAUGGUGGCUCUGGGACUUUGUAAUAUACUAAGUAGUUUCUUUUCCUCAAUGCCCAUUACCGGAUCAUUCACCCGCACUUCUAUCAACCACUCAAGUGGUGUUAAAACUCCCUUGGGUGGUGCUGUAACAGGAGCUUUGGUCUUGAUGGCCUUAGCAUUUCUGACCACAACAUUCUCUUAUAUACCCAAAGCCACAUUGGCUGCCAUUAUCAUAUCCGCCAUGAUAUUUAUGGUGGAAUAUGAACGUAUUAUUGAAAUCUGGAGAUCAAAAAAAAUGGACGUAAUACCCUUUUCGGUUACAGCCCUUGUUUGUUUAUUUUGGAGUUUGGAGUACGGCAUGGUUUGUGGUAUUUUUGUCAAUGCAAUUUUCAUUCUCUACAAAAGUGCAAGACCAAAAAUCCUUAUAAGCCUGGAGAAAGUCAACUCAGUACCAUUGGGACUGGUGCAAGUGCAAGAAAAUCUUUGCUAUUCCUCUGCAGAAUAUUUAAAAUCCAAAGUGGUGAAAUUUGUAACGACACAAGGCGAUAAUAGCAUCAAAAUGAUAAUAAUCAAAGGCGAUGAAAUAACAAAUAUUGACUCUACAGUUGGAUUGAAUAUUUUAUCUCUUAAGGAAGACCUUUCCCUUUUGGAAUGCUCUUUAAUAUGCUGGAAUUGGAAUUAUGACGCUGCCGGUGUCAUUUGUCGCUUACAUCCAAAAGAGAGAUCAAUGUUUAAGUUUGGCAAAUCAAUAUCGGAGAUUGUGGCAGAAGUUGCAUACAAUAUGACACAAACGGAAAUUGUUGACGUCCCAGAAGAUUCAUAGAAGAACACAUAAAUGAUGUAACACAAAUAGUUUGUAGUAUUAUUAAUUUCAUUCCAUUUUUAUUGUUACUAAAAAGACUGCAAAAGA